GUGACUCCUCCAGCUGAAGUCUCCCAACUCUCUCCUUAACCAUGAAGUCAGUGGCUGUGGUGCUCUCCGUGGCGGCGGUCAUGGCUGUACGGGCGGCCCCUCAGGGCUACGGCGUCCCAGGGAUUGGUGGGUCUGGCGGCUCCGGCGGCUCCGGCGGCUCUGGCGGCCAGUACGCCUCCGCCCCCGCCAACUACAACUUCCAGUGGGACGUCGAUGAUGCGCAGUCUGGCAACUACUUCGGUCACGGAGAAGAAGCCAACAACGGCGUCGUCCAGGGCAAGUACUACGUGAGGCUGCCGGACUCUCGCCUCCAGCAGGUGGAGUACACAGCCGACGACUCCGGCUACCACCCCGUCGUCACCUACGAAGGUCAGGCCCAGUAUGGCGGCUCCGGAGGCAGCGGCGGCAGCGGGUCGUCCGGUCAAGGAGGCGGCUACUACCCCUAGCCAGGUGGCCGCACUUCAGCACGACCUCUUGCUUCAUCUUUGUCCUCCUGUGGAAUGUAUCAUUUUCCUUGCUAGUUUUGGCGUCGUGAAGAAAAUCCAGAUGAAAAUGAUUGCAUCUCCCGAAGAUGAACUUAGUGUGUUGUUUGCCUUUGUAUUGCAAAAUAUUCUUUUAUGCAUUCAAUUGUAUUUGUUAUUUCUUUUGUUCAAGUUGCCACGCAGGUCUUGGCGUCUAUGUAAUUUGUUUAAAGUUUA